GUCAAAUAUAAUUCAAUUGCUUGGCCUCUGUGCCACUCGAACUUUCUUCAUGCAAUAUUAGGGCCGCGUCAAAUAUUGGCACAUCAUGGCACUAUGGUUGACUCAGCCAGUGAGGCUACAUCAGUCGCGACCAUAUCACUGCAAACUGAAGACUUCCGAUCUUUGUCACUACCAGCAGGGAUACUGGCGUUUCUGGAAUGAAUCAGACCACAGAUACGGGUUGCCUACCGUCGCCUUGUUCAUGACCGGUAUUAUUCUCUUUUCGAUAGGAUACCUGGUCACCGUCUUCAUCGUACCUCGUUCAAAGUGGCACCAGAAUGGCCUUCUCCGCAAGACCUUGGCCGUCUCUCGAUACCUCUCGUAUCGCGGGUAUCGCAUCUCAAGCCUUCGGUGGAAUUCGGCCCCUUUAGGGAUUCUGUUUCUAGGCGCGGUGGGCAUUAUAUUCUUCUUCAGUAUGACCUUAGGGCCCAGACCGUACUACUGGCACAACACAAGGACAGUCAUAUUUGGGUAUUCACCCCCAAUUGCAACCAGAACUGGAUUCAUGUCCAUAGCAUGCAUACCAUUCAUCAUGUUCGUGUCACAGCCUGAAGUCAGUUGGCGGAAACGGACUGACAAUCGAAAGAGCCACAUCAACGAAAGCAAACAUGGUCACUUUCGUUACUGGUGUAUCGCAUGAGAAACUUCAAGUCUUCCACCGCUGGAUCUCGUACGCCUGUCUCGUUCUUGCCUUAGUGCACACCUUUCCUUUCAUCAUCUACCUCAUCCACAGAGGCACGAUGGUCAAAGAGUGGAAUACAGAAAUCUUUUAUUGGACGGGGACUGUAGCCUUGCUGUUUCAAGGCUGGCUGACUUUCGCAUCGUUCAGUAUCCUUCGUAAUUGGUGGUACGAAUCAUUCAAAAUCGCCCACAGGGUUUCGGCCGCCAUGUUCGUACUUUUCCUCUUCUGGCACUGUAACUUUGAGCUUUCAUCUUGGGACUAUUUCAUCGCAACGGCAGCAAUCUAUGUCCCAUGUUUCCUUUAUGCCCACAUCAAGACCUACGUCGAACACGGCUUUGGUCUGAAAGCAACUAUGAACCUGGAAUCCAACGACGUCAUCCGUAUUGCCAUCCCCGUUAGCUUUCCAUGGGUUCCAGGGCAACAUAUUUUUGUGCGUUUUCGCGCUCUGGGUAUCCAUGCUCUGACAUCUCACCCUUUUACUAUCUGCUCACUGCCUUCGCUAGAGGGCCCAUCAGAAGCAGUUCUACAUAUUCGACCACAGGCUGGCUUCACAGCCCAGCUGUACAGGCACGCCGCGGCACAUCCAGGCAUAGCGAUCCCUGUCUUUCUAGAGGGCCCUUACGGUGGCAUUGAACCAGGAAAAUUCGUCGGCAGCGACCGUGUUAUAGUUGUGGCUGGAGGAUCAGGCGCAGCCUGGAUGCUACCACUCAUUGAACUCUUCGCCAGGAAAGCUACACAGAUCCGUGAGGUUGAAAUGACCGAGCAAAGCACGCCGGUGCAGACUUUUCCAAGUCUUCACGCUGUCCUUGCUACCAGAGACCCAUCAACUUUUGCAUGGUUCCAGGAAGCUGCUAACAAGAUCUUAGCCAGAUACCUCCAGGUUGGAGUCUCUAGCAUGAUUGAUGUAGAGAUCCAUAUCACCCGAGGCAUCAAGGACAACCUGCAGAGGGAGAUUCAGACCGAACUUGGCAAGAAGUCAAUUAUCGACGAUGGUCCCGAUUCAAAUACAUUGCGGCUAAAAGGCAAAGAAAGUGACAUCGACGUCAAUGAAAGUGGACAUUUCAUUAGCUGUAAAAUGCUGUCAGGUCGCCCGAAUCUUCCGGCGCUCAUUCGAAAGGAAGGCUCCCUCAUGACAAAUUCGCAGAAGACACUGGGCAUCUUUGCUUGCGGCCCAAGUUCCAUGCAGCACGAUCUACGAGUUGCCGCCGCAAGUGAGAAUGUUGGUAUACUGAGGAGUUCUGGGACGAGUGUCUACUUGCACCUGGAACACUUUUCUUGGGCUUGAACAUAUCAUGUAUGUGUCAAGUGUUUAGCAAGGAAUAUGUGCUGGCCAUGACAUCAAAAAUCUAUCGAGGAGCGCCAUGUGCCAAAAACUUAGCCUACGCAACGCUUUAUAAAAUUUACGUUAACCGAAGACGGG